AGACAACGUAUCUGAUUCCUUAACACGACCACAACCUGAUCCUGAAGAUGUGCUCCACAAACCCAGGCAACUGGGUCACCUUUGAUGAUGACCCUGCUUUUCAAUCUUCUCAAAAGUCUAAGAAUUUCCCUCUGGAGAAUCAAGGUGUUUGUCGACCAAAUGGACUUAAGCUGAACCUCCCUGGCCUUAAAGAAUUUCCUAGUGGAUCUUCCUCUACCAGCAGCACCCCUCUGUCCUCUCCCAUUGUUGACUUUUACUUCAGUCCAGGACCUCCAAGUAAUUCUCCUCUUUCUACCCCUACCAAAGAUUUCCCAGGUUUUCCUGGCAUCCCUAAAGCAGGGACUCAUGUGCUUUAUCCUAUUCCAGAAUCUUCAAAUAGCCCCCUGACAGCAGGAACAAGUUCUUCCUUAACACCUACUAAACCAACUGCAUUCUUACCCAGUGACCACUCAUGUACACCCCCGGCUCCCAAAGUUGGUCCUCCACAGGACACCCCUCGGCAGGCUGACAGCCUAGGUGUCCAAACUGAUGCUCCAUGGUUUCAAUAUUUUCGGGAAGACUGUGCUUUUUCAAAUCCAUUUUGGAAAGAUGGGGGCAGUUCUUCUCAGUUUGCCUUUGACCCUCCAGGAAGCAGAAAGCCAUUCUUAUCAAGAGACAAGGAGAUGCCUCUUGAUCAAAAAAGCCUAAAUAAAUGUUCACUCAGCUACAUCUGUGAAAAGCUUGAACAUCUCCAGUCAGCUGAGAACCAAGACCCUCUUGGAAAUUUGUCUAUGCAGCGUCCAUAUGCUGAAGACUCUGCCUCUUCAUUUGUCCCCUCCACACUUUUCAGGAGUCAGCCAAAAUCUGGAUGGUCCUUCAUGCUGAGAAUUCCUGAGAAGAAGAACAUGAUGUCUUCCCGCCAGUGGGGACCAAUUUUUCUGAAAGUGCUACCUGGAGGAAUAUUGCAAAUGUAUUACGAGCAGGGGUUAGAGAAACCCUUCAAAGAGUUGCAGCUUGAUCCCCAUUGCAGGCUUUCUGAACCCAAAGUUGAGAAUUUUAGCAUGGCAGGAAAGAUCCAUACUGUGAAGAUUGAGCAUGUGUCUUACACAGAAAAGAGGAAGUACCAUCCUAAGACAGAAGUGGUUCAUGAAGCAGACAUAGAGCAGAUGCUCAAGUUGGGGUCCACAGAGUAUCGUGACUUCCUUGACUUUCUGACUACUGUGGAGGAGGAGCUGACAAAGCUGCCAGCUAUUCCAAAACCAAAGAAGAACUAUGAGGAGCAAGAGAUUUCCCUGGAAAUUGUGGACAACUUUUGGGGUAAAGUCACUAAAGAAGAUGGGAAAUUGGUUGAAAGUGCUGUGAUAACUCAAAUCUACUGCCUCUGCUUUGUGAAUGGGAACACAGAAUGCUUUUUAACCUUGAAUGACCUUGAGCUGCAGAAGCACGAUGACUGCUAUUUUGAAAAAGACCCAGAAAGGAAGGGAAUCAAUAUUCUUGACUACUAUUUUCAUAAAUGUGUGAAAGACCAGGCGUUUCAGCAAUCAAGAAUCAUUAAGUUUGUACCUCUUGAUGCCUGCCGGUUUGAGUUGAUGCGUUUCAAGACUUUGUAUGGCGGGGAUGAUCUUCCCUUUUCUGUGAAGUCUGUAGUGGUUGUCCAGGGGGCAUAUGUGGAACUUCAGGCCUUCGUCAACAUGGCGCCUGUGGCUCCAGGGCCAUCUCACACCAGUACCUUGAAGUGCUGUGACAAUAUAAUGAUACACUUUCCUGUCCCAUCUCAGUGGAUCAAGGCCCUCUGGACCAUGAACCUCCAGAGGCAGAAGUCUCUGAAAGCCAAAAUGAACCGCCGGGCAUGUCUGGGAAGUUCACAUGAACCUGAAUCUGAACCUGUUAUUCAGGUGACCGUGGGGUCAGCAAAAUAUGAGAGUGCCUACGGAGCUGUGGUGUGGAAGAUAGAUCGGCUUCCUGAUAAAAAUUCAAGUCCUGAUCAUCCCCAAUGUCUGUCAUACAAACUAGAACUUGGAUCGGACCAAGAAAUUCCAUCUGAUUGGUAUCCAUUUGCUACUGUGCAGUUCUCGAUGCCUGACACCUAUGCCUCAAGGACAGAGGUCAGCUCUCUGGGGGUGGACAGUGAUGUCCAGCCACAGAAACAUGUUCACCAGCGAGCUUGCUACAACAUCCAGGUUGAAAUAGAAAAGAAAUGGAUUAAAAUUGAUGGAGAAGAUCCAGAUAAAGCCAGUGGCUGUGUGACUCAGUAGGAGUAGCAAGUGUAAACGAGGACAACCCAGUAUAAAUUGUACAACUUACAGACCAACUUCAAGCUGUCACAUGGUGGAAAUGACUUCUGUGUAGUAGGUUUGGGACAUGUCCCGUGGUUGUGUUUAGAGAAGUGUAGGUCUAAAACCAGACCAUCUGUAUUGUAUGCUUUUGAUAUGUUUUUGCCCCAAGGGUUUGAUCUAAAAAAACGUGUCUAGAAUUUGUGUGAUAUUUUGCUUCCUGUUGAAACUCAAAGGCACUGUUAUCUGAUGUGUGACCUGGCAGCCAGUUUGGCUGAAGGGGUUUUGAUUUUUGAUUGCUUUAUGGCUUCAUUUUGUACUCUGGGUUACUGUACUGUAUUUAUUAUCCCUCAGUUCCCAUCUCUUCUUGCUGUGUUAGGACCUGGACCACAAGGAAAGGCAACCAAAGGAGACAUAAACCAAAAUGUUUAAUUUCCCCUCCUGCUCGUCUCUGAAA